AAACACCCUAGAUAGUAUCAGUCCGUUGCUGGACGCAGUUCUCAUACAAAUUCUCUCUCUUUUGCCGAAGAAAGGUGCCUUCGCAUCAUGUGUUCUCUCAAAAAGGUUGUGUUCAUGUUGCGACUCGAAGAAGGAGUGUCGCUACCAAAAUUGAGAUGCAAAUGUCUAACUUUAGAGAUGUAUGUGACAAAGAAUAAUUUGUAUGGAGUAGCUAGCCUUUUGCAGAGCUCAUCUCUUUUGGAGACACUCAACAUACAUUUGAGAGCUGGGGCUUGUAAUGAUUUCCGCUGCCAACUUGAGCUACGUUAUUUGGCCAAAGGACGUUAUAUCUAUUUGCAGAGUUGGAUUUCAAGCAUUGUGUUUCCCAAUCUCAAGAAUGUUAGGGUUAAUGCCAGCGUAGUGGAAUGUAGAAAAAGGUGGUUUGGACGGGGCAAUGAUAAGCUUUUCGAACUUUCAGCGUUUCUACUAAAGAAUGCAAUGGCUUUGAAGAAGUUUGUCAUUGUAUCAAAGAGGAGAAUCUGCAUGAAAUGUUCAGAGAGCUGUGUGUCCCAAUAUUUAUCAGGAUUGGCUAAGAAAUUGUUAGACACCCCAAGAUCAUCUAAGAAGUUUGUGAUUAUUUACCAAGAGUCUGCUUUGGAUUGACUAGAAUUGAAGUUUUGUUUCGGCAUACUAGAAAUGUCACUGUACAUUGUAGCUUUUGAUUUACUACAGAUGUAAUUAUGAACUUGUGGCGUUCUAGUCGAUGCAUGUCGAUGAAUAUAUAUGUGCUUGUAAUUUUCUUGCAACUGUUGUUUUCUUGUAACUGUCAAGAUCGACAAACCUACAAGACACAUGUUUAUUUACUCACGGACAUUAGUUGGUAUUUUGUCUUUAGCUUCAUCAAACUGUGGCCUGAGGAACUCUCCUGCAACAUUAUUUCAAUGUUAU